AGAGCCAGGAGCGGGGCGUGGGGCGGCCCCGGGCUGGGAUGUGGCACCGCCGCGGGACCGCCGCCUGGGAGCUGGGAGCGCGGCGGGAGCCCCUGGGCUCCGAGCAGCCGGCUCCCCACGCCCGGGGGCAGGAGCCUCCCAGGUGCCAUUGAGCGGCCAUGGAGGAGUCCACACGGCUGGGUUACUGCAUCGUGGCCGGCAGCUUCGUGACCUUCCAAUUCUUCUUCUCGGCCGUCAGCCCCCAGCUCUCACUGGCACUCAGCCGCCGCUACUGCGGCCUGACCGCUGUCAAAAAGUGCGAGUGGAACUCCAGGUGUGUCUCCACUCUGCACGCGCUCAUCGUCGGCCUCUUCUGCGUCUACAUCCUGCUCUUCGAUGGAGCCAUUAACGCCAACCCCAUCUGGGGGGACCCUUACCUGGUGAAACUCAACGUGGCCAUCACCUGCGGCUACCUCCUCUACGAUUUGCUGCUGCUCCUGCGGUACUGGAAGAUGCUGGGCGACUCCCUGUUCGUUUGCCACCACUUGGUGGCGCUGUACGCCUACGGAUACGUGCUGAGCCGAGGGGUGCUCCCCUAUUUCGCCAACUUCCGCCUCCUUUCCGAGCUCUCCACCCCAUUCGUCAACCUGCGGUGGUUCUUUGACACCGUGGGGCAGCCCCGCUCCUCCUGGUUCGUCCUGGCCAACGGCCUGGCCAUGACCGUGGUCUUCUUCCUGGUGCGCAUCGCCGUCAUCCCCAGCUACUACGCCCGUGUGCUGGCCUGGCACGGCACGCCCGAGUACGCCCGCCUGGGGCUGGCCGUGCAAGUGGCCUGGAUCGUGCCCAGCCUGGCCCUGGAGGUCCUCAACCUGGUCUGGAUGUACAAGAUCAUCCGGGGCUUCUACCGGGCCUUCUGCCGGUCCCAGGAGCGCAAGGCGGCCUGCAGCCAUGGGGACUAAGCGGGAGCUGGACUUCCCCAGGGGGCGCAGCCAGGGGGCCCCCAAGCUCCUGGCACAGAUGGAAGAUCCACUCUAGUUCCCAUCAGAGCCCACAGCAACAGAAAUACCCUGGCCUGGCAUGUGCCCCCAGGCACAUGGACUGGCCCCCACUGAGCAACAGGGGCGUCUGGACUGGCACAUGUCCUACAGGCAGCUAGGAAACUCAUGGAGAUCACAGACUGGCAUAUGCCCCAGGCACCCAGGAAAUCCAUGGGGCACCGGGACUGGCACUGAGCACUUGGGACAUCUGGACCUGCGCAUGCCUGUCUUUGUGGGGGCCUGCGUGUCCAUGCACAAGGGGCACGGAGGCUCCAGCUGGGUGGGGGGCAGGGGGCAGAGCGGGGAGCCACAGUAGGGCCAUGCUGCAGCCUAGUGAACAGCUUCCCCAGGCCUCCGCACCCCCUCCAACUCCUACAAAAAGGGGAAGGAGGCCCACACUACUGGGCUGGAGAGUUGGGGGGGUGGGGCCCACGUGUGCUGAACCCCCGGGGGCCAACGGUUAUUUGUAGCUUUUGAGGACACACACACACACCCCAGGAUCCUGCAGUCUGACCCAGGCUCCUCCCUGCCAGAUGCCUCCUGGCCCAUAGCACCCCCCCUUCCAUAAGGCCCUGGCCCCCUACCCAAGGGGAUGGGGCAGGGUCCUGGGGCUGAGCCUGCUCUGGCAGGGGGAGCGGGGUGCGGAGUUGGGAGCCACACGGGUCCCAGCAGGGGUGUCUCUGGCACAGGGCAGCCCCCAGCUAAACAUGUUCAGAACCCUCCGGGCUGGGCCCCCCGAGAACCGGCUAUAGUCCCUGCUCUGCUGCAGACUCCCAAGGCGAGUCGCGGUUCCUCUGUGCCUCAGUUUCCCUGUCUGUUAAAGGGGGACAACGCCCCUUCAGCUGUGCCUUCUCUCUUCAGACUGGGAGCUCUGUGGGGCAAGCCUGUCCUCCAUUCUACCCGUGCAGCGCCCGGCACGGCCGGGGGACCCCCGAUCUCGGCCAGGCCCAGACAGUGCCCCUUGAUCUCGGCCUGGGCCUCUAGGCAUUUCCACGCUCCCAGUGACACUCUGAAGUAGCCUCCCUCACCAGGUCUCGCUCCGGUCGGCUCCGAGAUCGGGUUUUUUUGGACGGUUUCCAGUGAAGAAUCUCAAAUUCCUUCUCGAUUCCUUGUUUCAUACCUGACAUUUCUGCCCUAAUGAGGAAUUAAGCCCCCCCCCAUACUAAUUUAUUAACCCCAAACCCCCCCCCCUCCCGGGCCAGGGGACGAGCGUCCAGCUCACCCCCGAACCUGGCUGGGCUCCGACCUCUCCGGCCACGUUUGCCUCCAGUGUCUGUCUGUCAGGGGAGGGGUGGGACCCUCAGUGUGGGUGUCAGGGGACAGGCCACUGGGCUGGGACUCAGGACACCUGCAGUCCGUCCCCAGCUUUGCCACUGGCCAGCUGGGUGACUCUGCACAAGUCACUGCCCAUUCUGUGCCUCAGUUUCCCCUCUCGCCCUUUGUUUAGAUUGUGAGCUUGUUGGGGCAGGGACUUUACUUCGUUCUGGGUCUGGGCAGCCCCCAGCUCAACAGGAGCACCCCCACAUCUCAGCUGGGGUCUGGGCAGCCCCUGGCACAAUGGGAGCACCCCAAUAUCUCAGCUGGAGUCUGGGCAGCCUCUGGCACAAGAGGGGCCCCCCACAUCUCAGCUGGGGUCUGGGUAGCCCCUGGCACAAUGGGGGCCCCAAUCCUGGUUAUGGGCUCUAAGGACAGUAGGACCAGUCAGUAAUACACCAAUUUGCACCAGCUGAAGACCUCGCCCUCCGACCCCUCCAUGCCUGGCUGUCAAUUGCCCCUUAGUAACAGCGGGCGCCCUCGGCUGCCGGGUUCAGGGCUGGCCUGGAGCAUUUACCCUGUCACCCGUUUCCUCGGUAUGGUCCCCACCCUCACUCUCUGCCCUAAAGCCCAUCAGGCCGGAGCCCAGCCCUGAACUCAAACCCGCCAGCCCGGGCCCGAUGCCGGGGGAUUCUCCGGCCUGUUCUCUGGGGGGCGAUCGGAAUCCACUGCCCACCGCACUGCCCGGUGCCAGCUCAAACCUGGCAUUUCGUACCCUCCGCCCCAAACACCUGCAUCCCCGUUGGCCCGCGCCCCCCCAGAGCAGCACACAGGCUCCCACUGCCACCCCCUGGGGGUGCCGCCGGCAGGAGAAUGGGGGAGGGGACAGACAGAGGGACGUGACACGAAUUGCGGGGACUCAGGUUUGCGGGGACUCAGGUUUGAUCUUGUGGCAAGAUCGUUCUCACGCCUCGCAGCACCGUUCUCACGGGGGGCGGAUCCCCCCAUCUGAGGCCCGUCUCUCAUCCUGCCCCCUGGACUGUGAUCGCCAAGCGGUGCGGGGGCCUUGGCGGCUGGUGUAUGAAAAUAACAAUAAACAGGAUUUAGUUUAUUA